GGUGUAGCCCAUGUCGAUGAUGUCGUACGGGUUGCCCACGGUUGGUUGAAGACGGUUACAUGUCACAGUGAUAACAGUGGAGUUGUCGCUUGGUUGCGUAGUGGAUGUCCGGGUAGCAAAGGAGUAGAGCGACCCUCUAUCCGUCGCCUAGUAACUACCGUUAAAGAUCUAGUGAGGGAUUGGAAUACUCAUUACUCGAUUUCAACUUCCUUCGAUUUCGUAAGUGGUACCUCCAAUGCCACCGCUGAUACUUUAUCAAGGUUAGCCUAUGAUCUUGGUAUUACUGCUGCUCUUGGCCACACUAUCGAUCAGCCUACAGUAUUGGUGACUACUGAAGUGGGAUAUAACAAUUCGUCAAAUCGCCCCGUGAAGAUUGAUUUAGGCGACAAGUUCAUCUCCGACGUGAAACUCCGUACCGAUUGGUUCCCUCAUUCAUCGGACACUCACAACGAUGAGUCAUGGGUCGGUGAGAGCCUUUCGUCUAUUCUACUCAACGGAGUUCCUGAUGAGCUAACUAAUAGACUUCAUAUUCUAAAAGAUGAUGAUGGCGCUCUACUCACUGUAUCCCUCAAAUCUUUGGGCCCUAGAGUGUAUAUCCCGCCAGAUUCGGACCGCGAACAAGGUUGCGACCUCCGUUCCCAGUUACUUCGUAGAGCUCAUGAUACCGCAAUCGGUCAUGUCGGUGUCACUGGCAUGUCAGCGGCGUUGAAGGCUGUAGUCUGGUGGCCAACUAUCUCCGGUGACAUUGCCCGGUUCGUGCGAAAUUGUCUCGGCUGUGCCCGAGAACGUGCCCGUCACAUUGCUCCGUGCGGGUACUCGGAAGUCGUCCGUUCCAGACGUUGGGACACUGUCUAUAUAGACUUUUGUGGACCUGUCGAUGGUUGGACCUACACAUGCCCAAGCUCUAACACCGUCAUCAGGCCUGCCAGCGUAUUC